GUGAUUAUCCACUACCGCUAUAGGAAGACUCCACUGUAUACACGAAUAAGUCUAGGUGGAUCUAGAUCUCAUUCCAAGCCUCGACCGGAACACCCGAUGUGUUAUCUAGUGUCAAUAGUUUCAUGUGGCUGAAAAACUAUGGGCUGAACUCGACCAGAUCCAUUUAUCCGUACGCACAGAGUAGACAGCAUAUAUAUCUACCAGCAUUAUGCCACUUUUUCUAAAAAGCCAUAGCAAAAAUGGCAACAUCCAAAAUGCCAGAACAAGGCUCCUACCUCCCCGUCCCCGGCGCAACCCUCUACUACAACCUCAUCGGCACAUCCGGUCCACUCCUCGUCCUGAUUCCAGUCAGCAACGGCACAACCCUAUUCUACGAAUCCCUCGCCUCACAUGCAGCAUCGCACUUCCGUGUCCUCCUCUACGACCGUCGGGGUUACCAUCGCAGCCGCGCAGAUAACCGUCCAAACAAAGACGAACUGUACACAACACAUGCUAGCGACGUCGCUGCUCUGAUACAGCAUGUCUCGUCGUCGCCGGCGGGAUGCGACACUGAACCUGCGUUCGUGUUUACUUCCUCUGCGAGUUCGGGCAUUGCGACGGAACUUCUUUUGAAUCAUCCGCAUCUCGCCCACUCCAUCAUCCUCCACGAACCAGCCUUCACGCCUAUAAUCCCAGAACCCCUGGGAUCGAUAAUCACACAAACCGGCACCGCCAUAGCCUCAAAAGGAAGCAAAAAGGACCUCCGCGGCGCAAACGCCUUAAUAAACACCCUCCUCUACAGAAACACCGAACUACAAUCCUUCAAAGCAUGUCCCGUCUUCGCGCAGAUUCUCUCCGUCUUCAAACCCGCUGAUAUGAUCUACUACCUCACAAAUGAGAUCACCGCGGCGAGGGACUAUCUUCCGGAUCUGGAGAGAUUGAAGGAACAGGCUGUGAAGGGGAAGGUGAGGCUGGUGUUGGGGAGGGAGGAGACGGGGCCGUUGGCGAAGACACCUGCGGAAGUUCUGUCGGGGGUUUUGGGGGUGGAGGUUGGGUUGGCGCCAGGGGGGCAUGUUGGGUAUGUGACGCAUGCGAGGGAGUUUGCGGAGUAUUUGCGGAAGCAGUUGGUGGGUGAAGCGAAGUUGUGAUUGCUUUUGUAUGGUUGGAGGACGUACCCGGAUAGAGCGUAUAAGAUGUGACAUGACUCAGUUAAUAGGGCUGGACGAGCCUUACACGACUCAGCUAAUUGUCAUACCUGACUCUAUAUGUACAUUACAUAGUUAUACCGCUGCAUGCCUGUAAAAUGGUUCACUUCUUCCCCUUCUUCUUCUUCUUCGAGCUAGCACCCCCACCACCAGUCUGUACCUUGGGUUGCCCAGCCGGCGACUCCUCAGCCCUCUCACUAACAACACCGCCCUGCAUCCUAUCCGCUA